AUGGCGAAGGUGGUGGUACAGGAGGUGGUGACGGUGGCGGUGGAGCCGGGGCAGAGCCAAAGCGAGCUGGUGAGGAGAAGUGAAGCAGCUGCCAGCAAGGCAAGGCUGUUAUUGGCAGGAAUCAGUGAGAGUGGCCGCAGCCAUCCCCAGCCAUGGAGGAGCCGCCCUGAGCCCCGAAGAGCCAGUGAAAACCACAUCCAAGCCAUUGACGGUGCUCCCGACCACCAUCCCGGAGCCUGCUGCCUUGGUGACCCGAAGCCGGAGAGGGGCAGUCAUUGGCCGGUGCGGUGGGAGGCAGUGGAACCCUGCGAGAGCCGUGUGCUCCUUGACUGCUUCAACAGGACCAGUGCCCGGCGGGGGAGAGCGCUGGCCUUCAUCAUCUGCUCGGGCCCGCAGCCCCAGGCCCUGCGCAGGCUGGCGUCUGGCCCCACGCCGUGCGAAGGGGACAUCGAGGUGUUUCACGAGGGGCGAUGGCAGGUGCUGUGUGACAACUGGGCGCUGCGGCGUGAGUGGGGCAGGCAGCUGUGCCAGGAGCUGCGGUGUGGGAACCUCUCCUCCAGCACCGAGAUCCAGGACCCCCCCUCGACAGGUGUCACCUGCGGGGUCCCUACCCUGCACCACUGCUCUGCCAGCCUUGGGGGUCCCCGGACCUGCUCCCGGACCAGAGUCGUGUGCCAGGACUCGAAGCCGCUUCCCACCGGCACACCGGCAGGCACCAUUGUGAGCAUCUGCCUGGCCCUGCUUCUCUUCGGUGUUCUCCUACUCAUCUGCGGCCCUCCUGCCUACAGGAGACUGAUGAAGAGAAUCUCCAAAAGGAAGCAGCGCCAGUGGAUCGGCCCCACAGGACUCAACCAGACGGUCUCCUUCCACCGCAACAGCACUGUCACCAUGAGGCCGCGGGCAGAGGGGCAGCGGGCGCAGGGGGGGGACAACGACUACGCUCAGCCCCCCCAGAAGAGCUCCUACCUCUCGGCUUACCCAGCCCUGGAAAGCGCGAGCAGAGCUUCCAACCCUCCAGACAACUCCUCCGACAGCGACUACGACCUGCACUCUGCCCGCAGAGUGUGA